ACUUGAAUGUAACAACGGUGGCAAACGAAACCGAUUCUACGGGGAGUACACCUGACGAUACCUCACCUAGCAUUAUUGUUCCGAUCCCAAAACGAUUUGUGCCACAAGACCUCACAGAACGC